GGUGGAGGAGGUGGCGAGCACGCUGCUGACGCUGGGCACGCCGGCGGUGCUGCUGGACAUGUUCUUCCAGUACCCCGCCAACAACUUCCUGCACGCGCACGUGUACACGCUGGUCAAGAACGCGCUCAACAACCGAGUCUACCGCACGCAGUACGCCAGACACUUGCUGGUGGAGUGCGACCUGCUGACGCGGCUCAUGGACGUCUUCGAGGAGAACCAGAACAACAAACGCGGGCCGCGCGCCGGGUACAUGGGCCACGUGCUGCAGUGUCUGUGCGUGUGCGCGCGCGCCGCGCCCGACGUGGCGCGCUGGGCCGCCUUCCUGGACGCCAGCCUGCGCCCGCUACUGCAGCAGCUCGACACGCCGCUCGGCGGCUACUACCCGUCGGAAAACAUCUACGAGGUGGAGAUCAUGGCGGACACAAUGGCGGCCAACUACGACUUCAACGACAUGGUGACGGCAGGCACGCUGUACUUGCCGGACGAUGCCAACGCUGACGAUGCCAAUGAUGUAUGUGGCGCUAUUGACUCGUCGGCUGAGUCUCCCGACUUCAUAGCGGACGGACUGGGCGUUGACGAUGCGGACAAAAUGAGGGCAGCGAAGAGCAAUUUCCUGGAGUUGGCCAACCAACGAUUUGAUGACGAUAUGUGGGACGAGCCGUGCUCGGCAGAGGACGAGCACGACGAGCACGACGAGCACGACGAGCACGACGACCUGGAGCCGAGCACGCAGCACGACGUGCUCGACGUACUGCGCCAACAGAACCCCUGGGCCGCGGCGCCGGCGGCGGCGGGCGGCGCGGCGGUUAGUGCCACUUGGUUUCGUUCCCCACACGAGGUCUGCAAGAAUGGGUUUAGUAUUACACAGCAUGUCUGCUCGGUGCCAAAUGUCACGAAUACUUGUUUGAUUCCUGAUUAA